AAAUGGAUGGUCAGCUCAUUAGCACUGCGAACUCCUUGCAGAGCGGUUGUGUUCACAGUUACUAGUUAGUUAAUACCAGUGAUAAUGAUGCCAAAGUUAUUAAUUGUAACUCUAGUUGUAGCGCUAGCGAAGUCAGAGUACAAGUAUGAGACGAAAUAUUUUAAAGUGCCGUUGGACCACUUCGGCUACCAGAGAAGCGAGGAGUUCCAGAUCAAGUAUCUGGUGAAUGACGAUUACUGGAACACUAAUAAUGGACCUAUAUUCUUCUACACCGGGAAUGAGGGUCAAAUCGAAGUAUUCGCCCAACACACGGGCUUCAUGUGGGAGAUCGCGCAGGAGUUCAACGCGAAGAUUGUAUUUGCAGAACACAGGUACUACGGCACGUCGAUGCCGUUCGGCAACAAGUCUCUGGACAAGGAACACGUCGGCUACCUGACGUCUGCGCAGGCGCUGGCCGACUACGCCGACCUCCUCGACCAUCUGCAAGACCACGCGGUCAAGCCCAAGUACCCGGUCAUUGCUUUUGGAGGCUCGUACGGCGGCAUGCUGGCUGCCUACUUCCGCAUGAAGUACCCUCACCUGGUGUCGGGCGCCAUCGCGGCGUCGGCGCCGGUGCACAUGUAUCCUGGCAUGGCGCCCUGCGACGCCUACUUCCGCAUCGUCACCUCCAGCUUCGCGCUCGAGGGGCAGAGCUGUAGGGACAAUAUCAAGCGCUCCUGGAAGGUCUUGAGAAACUUCGCCACAUCAGCCAACAACACCGCCUGGUUGAAAUCCAAAUGGAACCUCUGCGACCCCGUCAAGAACGCCACCGACGUGCAGCAGCUGGUAGACUUCCUACAGUCCAUGUACGAGACGCUGGCCAUGGUGAACUACCCGUUCGAGUCGGACUUCCUCGUGCCACUGCCCGCCUACCCAGUCAGGGUGGUGUGCCAGUACUUGAACGAGACAUUCACUAAUAACACGGUGCUGCUAGAGCAAAUCGGAAAGGUGCUGGACACGUUCACCAACUACGACAAGAAAUCAAAAUGCGUGGACUACAAGAAAGGAAGCGACUACGGAAACUUGGACGCGUCCGGUUGGGAUUAUCAGGCAUGCACAGAGAUGGUGAUGCCAAUGUGCACCAACGGGCAGUACGACAUGUUCGAGGUUGAGCCGUGGAACUUCACGCGGUUCUCGGAGGACUGCCACGCCAAGUUCGGGGUCUACCCUCAGCCUGACGCCGCCAGGAUCGCGUAUGGCGGCGACAGACUCGCGGCCGCUUCUAACAUCGUGUUUAGCAAUGGGCUACUGGACCCAUGGACUGCAGGUGGUAUCCUCAACACGGUAAGCGAGUCGGUGGAAGCCGUGGUGAUCCUGAACGGGGCGCACCACCUCGACCUGAUGCCGAGCCAUCCCAGCGACCCGUCGACCGUCGUGUAUGCGCGCGACUUCCACAAGCACAGGAUCCAUAAGUGGAUCAGGCAGUUUAGGAAAAUGAACUAGAGUUAGCUGUUUAGUUUUAGUUUAGAUAAAUAAAUGAAUAAGGAUUUUUUAUUUUUA